AUGACAGAUUACACUAUGAAAAUUAGUCCUAAUCAGUCUCAAAGAGGCUUUUCAAAAGGUGCUUUGGACAGAUCAACUGCUGCAAAACUUAGACUAGAACAUUUUUAUAAAAUUACCUUGGAUCAAGCAAGAGAGCGUAACGAACGUCUUAAUGAAGCUGAAAAAAAGCUUGAGAACGAAGUUUGUUCGGAGGAGCGUAAAAACCGCCAAUUAGUUUCACUUGGUCGUAAAGAAUCACAUUUUUUAAGAUUAAAAAGAACAAGAUUAGGUAUCGAGGAUUUCAUCACUCUUAAAGUUAUAGGUAAAGGUGCUUUUGGUGAGGUUCGAUUAGUUCAAAAAGCUGACACUGCUAAAAUAUAUGCUAUGAAAACAUUAAGAAAAGCCGAGAUGUUUAAAAAAGAUCAAUUGGCACAUGUGAGAUCUGAACGUGAUGUUUUAGCCGAAUGCGAUUCUCCUUGGGUAGUUCAAUUAUACUACUCAUUCCAAGAUCCUUCGUAUCUCUAUCUUAUCAUGGAAUUCUUGCCUGGUGGAGAUUUAAUGACUAUGCUUAUACAACAUGACACAUUUCGCGAAGACAUAACGCGUUUCUAUAUCGCUGAAUGUGUAUUGGCUAUCGAGGCUAUUCACAAAUUAGAUUUCAUUCAUAGAGAUAUUAAGCCAGAUAAUAUAUUAAUUGAUAAGAAUGGUCAUAUAAAAUUAUCUGAUUUCGGACUUUCCACCGGUUUUCAUCGAACUCAUGAUUCAGCUUACUACCAAAGACUUUUAGAAAAUGCAAAUAAUUCUGCUGGUCAUAGACCUCUAAAUAGUGAACACAACAUUAAUCUAACAUUAUCUAACAAAGACAAAAUUGCCACCUGGAAAAAAAACAGGAGAGCUCUGGCAUAUUCUACAGUUGGUACACCUGAUUAUAUUGCACCUGAAAUCUUUUUACAACAAGGGUAUGGUAAAGAGUGUGAUUGGUGGUCUUUAGGUGCCAUCAUGUAUGAAUGUCUUGUGGGCUGGGCUCCAUUCUGUAGUGAGAGUGCUCAUGAAACUUACCGUAAAAUUAUCAAUUGGCGCGAUCAAUUUUAUUUCCCAGAAGAAGUACAUCUAAGUUAUGAAGCUGAAGAUUUAAUCAAAAGAUUUAUGUGUGAUUCUGAAAAUCGCUUGGGUCGUAAUGGAGCUGAUGAAAUUAAAGCACAUCCUUUCUUUGAAGGAGUAGACUGGGAUACAAUCCGUGAUGUUGAGGCACCAUUUAUACCUGAAUUGAAAUCUAUCACUGAUACUAGAUACUUUCCUACUGACGAACUUGAUAUUCCUGAUAGACCUCCUAUACCUGCUCCACCUGCUGCCACUAGUUCAAAUGGUGACUAUAAUCAAAAAGAUUUGGCAUUUGUUGGUUACACAUUUAAACGGUUUGAUGAUUUAACAAGACAAAAUGCCAUAUGA